AUGAACUGCAUACGCGCCUUGCCUCAUUCUGUAUGGCGCCGUCCUCUUCAAGCGAAGCCCCAGAAUCAGCAGGUUUCGCAUUUCGGAUCAGGGUCACGACCCGGUUUGCAAGCUGGAUCUGGUGCUGUUAACAAAAAGGGUUGCGCUGGAACAGGGGUUUUCCUGCCUCGUCAGUAUGGGGCACCUCCACCGGAAUCUCGCAAGAAAACAAGUUGUCCUGCUCCGGUUCUGGUCCCAGCUAAGGUUAUCCAUGCUUUGAACCUCAACAUUGAUGACAUCAAUGCUGCUAGCCAACAGCGCUUCUCUAGUGCAUUCGGGGCGGACUAUGAUGCUUUUUUAGCAAGGAGAAAUGCUCUUAUCCUUCAACAGAAGUUCAACAUGCGGCGAGAGGAGGCAGCCAACCAUGAACUUCGCUUGCCUCAAGAAUGGACGUACUGA